AUGCUGGAAAAUAAUAAACUGUUUUUCAAAUAUCUUUCGCCUACUAUUCUCCUUUCUUUAAAUGUUUUUCUCUUUCAGCAUUAUGAUGGAGAUGUAUCCGAUUUAGAAUUUACCUAUUCAUAUGCAGAAGAUUGUUUAGGUCAAGUGAUUAUACAUGACCUAUGCCCUGGUGGACGGCAGAUAUCUGUAACAAACGAUGUCAAAAUAAGUUAUGUGCAUAGUGUAGCACAUUUUCGUAUGUAUAAACAAAUUCGUAGUCAAACUGCCUCAUUUAUACGUGGAUUUUAUUCCAUAUUAAAUCCUGAUUGGUUGGCAAUGUUUUCUCCACCAGAAUUACAAACUCUUAUAUCAGGUGAUUGUGGUUCUAUGGAUAUUGAUGAUUUAAAGCAGCAUACACGUUAUUCCGGUGGAUUUCAUAGUAACCAUCGUGUUAUUCGUUGGUUAUGGGAUAUUUUAAGACGUGAUUUCGAUGAUCGUGAACGUAGUUUAUUUUUAAAGUUUGUAACUAGUUGUUCAAGACCACCUCUGUUAGGUUUUGCAAAUCUGGAACCACCAUUCUGUAUACGUUGUGUGCAUUAUACAAAUGAAGAUCAAGAUGUUGGAGAUACUCUAGGAUCAGUGUUAAAAGGAUUUCUUGGUGUUGUUGGACGUCGUGAAGAAGUCUCUCGUCUGCCGACUGCAUCAACUUGUUUUAAUCUCCUUAAACUACCGAAUUAUUCAUCUCGGAGUGCAUUGAAAGAGAAGCUGAGAUAUGCAAUAAAUAGUCAUGCUGGCUUUGAGUUAUCAUAACUUUUUUUAUUAUUUUUAAUUUUUGUCUUCUAUUACACUGUGUUCAGUUUGAGAACUGUAAAUAUAAUUUCACUUCAAUUGACGCAUUUCAUUGUCCAGCGUUGUUAUUUUUUCUCUCUCUCUGUCUCUCCUUUUCUUUUUGUAAUUAAACCGACUGUUUUAUGUUUCAUUUAUUUUUUAUUUGAGUUUUACACUUUUCAUUUUCCUUUUGAAAUGUGAAACUUCAUACCUGAGUUCAUUUCUUCAUUGAAUAAUAUAAUGAGACGUGUUUCAUAAUAAUAAUAGUAAUAAUAAUAAUAAUAAUAAUAAUAUAUUUCAUAACUGUGAUGACAAUUUCAGAUAAAGUUCACGAAUUUUUCGUCAUCCUUGUCG